GAGGCGCUCUAAGAUGGCGGCCGAAGGGGAGCUGUUGAGUUGGUGAGUACAAUCCCGCUCUCUCCCUGUAACGGAGCAGAGAUGCGUCUGAGGAGCGGAGGGCGGGAAAAUGUCCCAAGGGUCCCAGCGCGGCGGGGGCGCGCAUGCGCGGGGGAAGGAGAGAGCGGGGCGGGCCUGGGUCCUCUCGUUCGCUCCGCCCCGCCCCGCCGCUUGGCUGGAGGUGGGGGCUGCGCGGCGCCAUUUUGUGCCGCUCUCGGCGGGGGAGGGAGGGGAUGUUUCACCCAAAAAUGGCAAAGAAGUGUUUUUCUCACGUGAAACAUAUGAAAAAUAUUCACUGGCUCCGAGCCUCUUGGAACUGUGGAAUUUAUCAAACAGAUUGGCAAAGAAAGAUGUGGAGGUAUUGGCAAAUUCUUCAGAAAACAAACAGGCUGAUAACAUACAGGCUACAAAUGCAGUCGAGGUGGAGGCUAAAGCCACAGCUGACAAUCAUCCUUUUCCAGAACCUAGACUUCCCUAUCCAUUUACCUCUUGUCUGACUGAGAAGGAGCAGAAAACGUAUUUACAUCUGAUGACUAAGUUCUCAAAAACACCAAAUCAUUUUCCUCUCAAUGCUGCAAGUCAAAGAGAAUUUCUCACGUAUCUGAAAAUGAAAGAAGUAGUAAACAAUGAAGUUGCAGAAUUUAUGAAAUUUGCCCAAAAUGCUGCAAAAAGCUGCACUCAAGACUAUGAUAGUAUCUCUGAAGAUGCACUGCGUUAUACUGAGGAAUUAUUCAGGGCUUGUAUUGGACAUGUGGAGAAGUUUCCUGAGUUUUACACGUUACAUGAGAUCAUGAGCAUCAUGGGAGGAAAAUUUAACACGCAAUUGACCUUUAAGCUGGAAAAAAAACUUCUUGUAAUGGGUACAGCAAGAUAUGCUAAAACAGCAUUCCCUACCAUGCCUGUUCAGCUCUGCACAGAUUAUAAAACCAUUACAUCUAUUAUAACUCCAGAAAAAAAGGCUUCUAUUAUGCACAAUGAUAUUAGUUCAGAUUCAAAUGCGGAAAAGCUUGCUUUGAAAUACUCUCCUCAAGUUGUUCUAAGUAAUCAGUCGUUAUUUACGUUACUGAAUAAUCAUGGACUAAACUACAAGGAACAGUGGGAAAUUCCAGUUUGUAUUAAGAUGAUCCCUGUUGCAGGUAACAAAGCAGCUAAAGUGGUUUUCGUUGACUCACCUCUUCUGAAAAAGGAAAUGACAAUAAGAGAGAGGAACCAAAUAUUCCAUGAAAUUCCAGUGGACUUCCUAGCAACUAAAAAGUCUUAUGUUUCCAUUUCUGAUGUUUUGAUGGACAAACCAGAUGAGGACAAUCUGUUUCAGUGGGAUGUGUCUUCUGAUGCCUACCAGUACAGGAAGGUUCCACUUACAGAUGAUGCAGGGAUGGAUUUUGAUGAUGAUUUUACAGAACUGGAAACUUUUGGAGCAGCUGUCAAACUCUCAAGGACUUCUAAAACAGAAAAUACUUGUUCUGUUAGUAACAGUGAUAAAGUUUUGUCAUGUGACCUACAAACAGAAAAAAAACUGACAUCUACCAUAAACAGUGAAGCUCAAGAGAGAAAAACUCCUCCUUCUGAGCAAGGAUUUUCAGCGUAUUCCAGAACACAGCUUCCAUCUUGUGGCAAUGUUUGCUUCAGCCCUGAAGGAAAUUCAUCUCAUAAAAACUUUCAUUCUGAGGAGAUAGAAUUGAACAAAGCACAGAAAGUCUUGACCAAAAAAGUAUCAGACAGUGAAACAAAUACUUUAUAUCCUGCAGUAAGUUUCAAAAAAGACUCUCAUGCCGCACAGAAAAAUGAGAUGUAUGCUCCUUUAUGCAGUAGUGACACUGAUGAAGAUCGUUUAAUUAUUGAUACAGAACAUAAAAAUACUGAAUGCAAAAAAACUGUUCCGAGUGCUGCUUCUCAGACCUUGGUCCAGACUUCCAAGUCACCUUCCCCCACCCCAAAUCCAUCAACAAGCAUGGCUGAUUGCUCAGAAAUUGUGCAUCAGGGGAAAAAUGCCUCCAGAAAGGGUCCAAGAAGGUUGUCCAAAGAAUUUGAUCCUGUUGGACGGAUUUUGAAAAUGCAAACGGAGCUCCUCAAGUCACCUACCCAAAAAGCUCAUGAGCAGCCAGCAGUGAGCUGUGAUAAUGCUAAUGCUAUGCAAACUCACAUGCCUCAAUCUUCAAAACCACCAGUGAUUUCCCACACAGCACCUGGACUGGGCCCUGCCCCAAAUCCUCAUGGCUCAUCAAGGAAUACCUGGACGUGCCUUUUUCAGGGAGCGCCAAGGAGAAAGCUGCCAGAUGAACUUCAGAUGCUUGUGGAAGACCCUGGAGAGUAUAAAGCACCUCAGGAUGGGAACGUUGUGUAUAAGCUGUUCAGUUUGGAUGACCUGUUGUUACUUGUGCGUUGCAACGUGCAGAAAGUGAGAUCGUUGCCACGUUUCAAUAAAAAGAAGAAAGCUCCAAAGCUUAUUCCAAUAUUCCUAUUGCCUAAACUGGAAUACCAAGCCUAUUAUGGUGUUGAAGCUCUUACAGAAAGUGAAGUAUGUCAGUUGUGGACAGAGAGUAUGCUUCAUUCUGAAUGUUUAUUCUAUAUUGGGCAUAUUGAUGGUCUUACAUCAAAACUUAUUAUGCUAGAAAAGAUUUCUCCAAAAACAUUUAGAGAAAAACUUGGAUUGAUUAAGCCAGCAAAUUCAUUGAAUAUACUUCAUCACAUUUUGAAGAAAGUGUCUGAUUUGCAGGAGGGCUCUUAUCUACUGACUCAUGCUGCAGGAGAUUCAUCAGUUUCAAUCUACAAGAGUUCUCUUGACAAGCAAACAAGAGCUUCAUAUAACUUACAUAAGGCUCAUUGUGAUCUGCCUACAGUACCUGCCAUGCUCUCAGUCCCUUGGGUGCCACUAGAUCCCAGUCUCCCUUUGCCCUAUCACAUGAAACAUGGAAGAGUCCCAUGCACCUUUCCACCUGCGCCCCAAGAAGCCAUAUGGAAACAGAAGAUGACUGGGGUGAAAGGGCAGUUGGACACACCCUAUGAGGGAGAGCCAGUAACUAUGGAAACAAAAGGCAAUCCAGCUAAGCCUGUUAGAAAUGAAGGUGUGGCUGCAAAGAAGCUGAAGAAUUAUUGCAAACAAAGAAUGAUGAAGAAAAAGUGGAAAAUGAAGCAAAACAAAACACAGAGGAUUGCCUUGUUUCCCAACAGCCUGUGAUUGGUGAAAUAAACGUGGAGGAUUAUGUAACAUCGUGGACUAAAAUCUAAUGUGAGUUUGUUACUUUGCCUAAAUUGCAGCUUUGUACUCCAACAUGAUCUCUGUAUUUAAAAUCAAAUUACAUUCUUAUUUUCUCUAGUAACAGUUAAACAAAAUUCCACUCAGUGAAAUGGGUCUGAUAGCAGAACAUGUUAUUAAAUACUCUUUGAGGCAAAUGUUGUACAAAGAUAUACUUAGGUUUGCAUAAAACAAAGCUUCAUUUAAAGGGGUUUGAUAGAAAGGAGAAAGAGGAAGGGGUAGCAUGUUUAUUUUGAGCACCAACAUCUGCACUUUGAAACAAAGGAAAUAGGUAAAUAAUAUAGUUAGGUUAACAAAAAAAAUCAAUCAAGUCAGAGAAUGUGAUUUGUAUCAGUUGGUGAAUCUCUGAUUCUGUACAGGCUAAUCCCAAAGGAACAGUUAUCUUUGGAGGGAAGGAACGCAGGGGAGCCUGACGGUUAUGGUUCCACCAGAGUAUGAAUUCCUAAAUCUAACACAGACUGUAAAGCUGUGGUAAGGAGGAAACUACAACUGAAGGAGAGCGUGCAGACCUGGAUCUGAUUCUACAGACAUCUCUGCUCCUGCAGCUACUUAGUACUGAUAUUUUACAUGGCCUCAGUCAACUGAGUUUAGGAGCAAAUUUUCAGAUGCCACCAUCUUGUCUUGUAGAUUCAAUCUUCAGCUUUGCAUUUGGAAUGAAUUACAUAUAUUUGUAUUGCAGUUUGUGAUUCGUUUUUAAAUGUAAUUACUACUACUUUGUCCAUCUGCAUUAUGAGAACAUCUUUUGUAUAAGCAUUUGAAGUGCAAAGUUGGAUGUUACUUUCCGGGUAAGAAUCUUCCAAUUUUAUGUAUUUAUUCCUUGUUAGAUUUUUGUCUUAGCAGUUUACCUGGUUAUAAAGGGCAUGUACUGCCCUGUCUCUCAGAAUGGAAAGUUGUAACUGCUGGUGAAUUAGACUGAUUUCAAAACUCUGUAUUUGGUUCUCUCUUUCCUUCUAGGUGUAGAUGCUUGUAGUCCAGUAUGUAUGUGCUGCUGCUUGUGAUUAUUUUGUUAUGGGUGCUGGAGUUAAAUCCCAUGCAGUUCUUGUUGACCUUGUGCAGCCUAAGUCUCUCUGAAUAGUGGCUCUUCUGUCCACUGUAACUCUCCUUUCCAUUCUGUGUCGUCUGCAGACUUGGUGAAUGUUGAUUCAUUUGUGCUAUCCAGAUGAUUUAUAAGAAAACUGGGAAGUACUAGACCUAGUGUCGACCCCUCCGGAGCUCCAUUCAUGACUAUCUACUAGUACAGCUCUGAGCCACCAGUUACCUCAGUGAAAAUGGAAGAAACCCUCUGAGAACAUAGUUUUCCAUGCUGCAUAAGAUCACUGAUAUUAAAUAUGUUUCUCUCAAUUUUCUGAUGUUUUUUGAUAGAUUCAAUUGUUAGGUAGUCUGUAUUCAGUUUUGAAGGUCUAGAAGGGGAAUUCUUACCAGGCAUUAGAGAUUAUUGAUUGAUUAUACCUGUGAAGGUAUGAAACUUUAGCAGUUCUUCGUGUUAGCAUGAAUAGCUGCAAUGGGCUAUUGAUUGUGAAAUCUAACUUUUUUUCCUACAGUAAUAAGUGCUUGCAAACUUAAUUUGCAUUGUGCACUGAUGCACUGCUUUCAUUGCCACGUGUUGCUGGCAAGACCUCUUCACCAUGUCUGGGUGACUGAAAAAAAAUAUUAGGAAAACAUUUACUGUGUUUCUUCAGUAUCUUGUAAUGUAGCCUAGCAGGUGGAACCAUAGAUACGAACCAGGACUGUGUGACAGUCAGAGAACUACCAAGUCAUUAUCAACCCAGUGCCAUGAUGUUCAAUACCAAAUACUGGACCAUUUGUACAGGUACUUCUUCUGCUUCUUACUUGAUUAUGCUGAAUUUUAGAUAGGAGAUUGUCUCUAAAAGACAGUGAAGACCAGUUUAGAGGUAGUCUUUUAGAAUGUUUAGUGAUGACCUCCAUUUAAGCUGGCUCUACUUCCACUAGGAGAGGGAGUUAGUGCAUUUUCAGUUUCUCCUCUUCUGAGUCUGACUGGAUAUAUAAUGUCUCAGGUGCUUCUCUGAGAACUUAUAUAACUAUGUUUCUUCUUUCUUAAACAAAAUACAGCCUUUUUUUCACAAGGAGGGGCACAGUCUUUGCGGAAGCAUUGUUAUUGCUUGUUAGGUUUCUAAAUUUUUCUUUGCUGACAGUAAGUUUGGGCUUUUUAGUUGCUUUUAUAUCAUUUUUCUGCAAAGAUCUUUAGAUUUUACUACAUUUUAGAAACCACUAUUGUCAUACUUUUGAAAGAAAUGGAUUUUAUAGUUAAAACAUUCAGUUAGUGCCAUCAUCUGGAUCUGUUCCCUUGAUUAGCUGAGAUUUCCUUACAGCUGAAAUAGAUUGAGGAGAGGAAAUACAGUGCACACUUCUUUUGCUUUCAAAUGACAAAUGUCUGUGGCUUUAUGUUACUGUGUGAACUGUGCUGAAGGCUUUUUUUGGUACCUCCUCCAACUCCAGGGGACAGAUAUCAGCUGUAUGUCUCUCCAUGCCUGUUCCUGCGAUCGGUCAGCUAGUCUUGUACUCCUUUCCUCGGCUGCUUUGUACUCAGUUAUUGUUUACGGGCUGUGAUGAUUGCUUGUUACUGUGUUAAUGACUUCCUUGAUGAUGGCAAUAUCAGGAAAGUAAACUUUAGUGUUUAAGACCUGUUUGAAAAUCAUCUGUAGUUGUGCUGUCUCUGCAGCUGUUUUUCUGCUUCAUGGAGUUGUAGAACUGUUCCCUGUGGAACUUGUCAGCAGGGCACAGCAGUGAGAAUUGUCCCAGCUCGGUUGUUUGUUGAAGGCUUGUAUGAAAGCAAACCUCACACAUAACACACAACUGUUUUGUGAUUCCUUCACGCUAAAAUGACAAGGCUUUAAAAAUAUAUUUCUGAUUCACUGAAAGGAGAGGAUGCUGGUUUUAGAAUUCAAAACUGGAAAUGUGAGUCUUAGCCUGCCUGGCAGAAACAGAUUUCAUAACAGCUGUUCCCUUUCACUGCCUCAUCAUCUUUGCAUGAAAACAAGUGUCAUAGCCUAAAUCUGAUCUAAAGGUGUAUGCCACUGGAAAGAGCAAAAAAGGCUGCCUGUGUAGACAGUGAUAUUUAACGAAGAAAGACAAUUUUUUGAAUAUGUGACACUUUUUUUGUGUUGCAAGGCAUCCUUUGUUCCCCAGGCAGUACAACUUCAGCUGAGCCUUAUUAAGUAAUAGAGUUCAGAUCAUGUAAUGACUUUUAGGUUAUUUUGUACUAAAACAGGGUUGAUAGGCUUAAAAAAAAAAGGGGGGGGUUAUUUCACAAAAUCAUCAAUGUGCUCCUUAUUGCUGUAGUAACAGCAUGUCGAUUUCAGUAAGUGAUCUUUAAUCUGCAAGUGACUUUUUUCAGUUAAUUUUCAGAGGUUGCAUGAUAUUAAACAAAAAGGAGCUUUUUUUUUUUUUUGGUUUGCAGUUAGUAACCUGCUAAUUUGACAUAGGAAUCUAUCAUUCAGAGUAAGCUUACCUGGUGAUAAAUGAGAUUCCUGAGACUUUCAGAAUGUGCCUGAGGCUCAUAGGCAUAAUACAUGAGUGUGAGCCUUCCCCAUACUUCAGCAGAGGUUGGGAGACUAUCCAAACCAUGGGACUGUUUGUGUUCUGAGUCACUAGAAUGAAAAAAAGCAUAGAACAGACUUGGUAAUACAUGAAUCUUUUAUCACUAUUCCUAGAAAAAAGCCCUAUGCUGUAAAGUCUUGUAUAGCUGUUUCUGUCCUUUGGCAAGAGAAACCAAAGUCUGGUGUGAUUAUCUUUGCUGGUCUAUUCUAGAUGAUGUCAGGGGCUCCAUGUGCACAAAUAAUAUUUCCUACAGUGUUUUCCAGUAUGUUGGCAGUCUGAGGAAUGUUACUGUAGAGCUGGCAGCUGUGAUUAUUUUACGCACUGUGUCAUCUAAAUGACUUCAAAAUCUCUCUUAAUGCUGCACUGUACUAGUAGUCUGUUUAUGCUAGCAGCAUUAUGCUGAUACUGGUGGAAAAGCUGAACCUGUCAUAGCUGUUCUUAACCCAUUAGUGUGUAUAGGACCAAGGACAGCUUGAUACCUCAAUUCAGGUAGAAUUGCAACUCUCCACCACUAAGGGAAUUAACCUGUGCUUGCCAGUAUUUGUGAUAAUCUGAGAAGAGAAAAUAAUGUCACCUUCCUUCACGUCUGAUAUGUUCAACAGUCUUUGUAAAACAUGGAUUGUAUGAUUUUUACCCUACCAAAGGUAGUUGGCUGUGAAGCAGGAAGUCAGAAAAUCCCCGUGGGAUUUGAGAAGACUCACUGAACCAUGGUUACACACAUAGUGACUGUUUGUUUGUACAUUCUAUGACUGUUCCAUUCACAGUAAAGAUGCUGAGUUUAUUCAUGCUGCCAAUACCACCAGUACACAAUUUGGCAAGUGUGUUUCAUUUCUGUUUGUGUAUUUGUCUAGGCAAUGCCUCCUACUCAGGCACUAGGUGAUUACUUCUGUGAGGCACACUCAAACACCAGAAUGCUAGGGAUUAGCAUUUCGAUUUAGAAGUGAAAAUGAAGAUCAGACACCAUGAGUGCUUGUGAAAAAUGCAUGCUGGAGAAGUUACGUGUGUCCCAAAGAACAGGAGGUUAUCUGAGGUGUUAUCUUUUGUUCCUGAUGUAUAUUCCUCGCUGAAUGUCUGUGUUACCUGAACGCUUAUACCUCUACUGACUGACUCCAGUGAGCAUGAUGAGCAGGAGGAAGGAAUACAUGAUGGGCUGAUCUUUGGGGCAUGGGGCAAACAAGCCUGCUGCGCCUCUUAAUUUGCUGGCCUGUGUUGUUUUCUGUGUCAGCUAGAUGAAAGUAAUGAAGGAUUUUGCUUCCUUCUGAGCAUCUUGACUGGAGCAUACAUGGUUCCAUUUUGUUUUCUGUUAACAAUGGACAACUAGUGCAGUGAGAUUUCACUAUAGUGUUAAAACUUUGGUUUUGGCUUUGUUUUUGAUAGGGACUUUCAUUAGACUGUACCCGUGCCCUGAGACAGCUGUAUUAUUAACUUCUGGGUGUAGUUAAAAGAGCUUCUUUCUGACCAAGUCCUGUGGUUAUAGACCUAGGUGAUAUUUUACUUUGGCUCUCCCUUGUCCUAAUGCAUAUCCCACGUACCCUGGCACGUGUUUCCUUGUGGAGGCAAGCGCCUUGCUGCUCAGAGGCUGGGGGCAAAAGGAUCCACUGAGAUGUGAGAUUAAUGAGGAUGGUGGUGAUAUUUCCACUGGUGACGAAGAAAAUAUCUGAAAACAGAUUAGAGUUCAAUCUACGAGCAGACAAAAGUGAAGUUGCAUGUAUAAGGAGUAGAGAAGUAGCUGAAGACAAGUGCAGUGAUAACAGAAGAUCGGGAGAUGAGAUUUUUCUAAGUCGCAUGCAAGAUGCAGCUAGGUAACUGGGUAGAGAGGUCAGUGUUUUACUAGCCAUGGAAAGUAGUUGCUGUUAGGUUCUAGUGCAAUGGGUAAAACACUUUGAGUGGUAACUGUAGAAUAUAAGUGUCGCUUCUUCAGUUAAAAACAUUUCUAAAAUACAUACUUUACAAGACAGUUGACAUAACCUUGUUUUGUGUAGGUUUCAUACUACACAGAUGGAGAUAAACUGAAUACAGUUUACCAGAUGUACUGUAUUUCUUUUUGUUGAAGUAAUUUGGAGAGUCAGAAGGCAGGACCUGAUCAGUAAGGCAGUGAUCUGACUGGUUGCGCACCAUACUACAGCACUGCAAGGCAUACACUCCAGGGUUCCUGUUUCUGUCUUGGAUGGUGUGCUCAUAAACACGCUGCCUGCCUGUACCCAGGCUGAAGUGGUAAAUGCCAACAAUACUUACCUAUCUUGUUACAUGUGCACUUCACGGAUUAGGUGAGAGUUGUCCAACACAAAAGAUCACUCCAGAAAGAAAUCUAGUUCUUUAAGAAGGACUCUUUCAAAUACGUACAGUUCUGAGUAGAAAGUCAUGUUUGUACAGGGGUAUGCAUGUGUGUGCGGGAAUUAGAUUGCACAAAACAGAAUUGACCCCAGAGGUUAGGAUACUAAGAGGAGCAUGUAUCUAGAACUAUAUCUAUUUCCCUGGUAUUGUAUUAGGUCAGUGAUGAAGUUGGUAUUCAACAGACUUCUCAAAAGCAUACAGCACCAUUACAGUUCUGUAAGAUUUAGAGUAAGUCACAAGUGAAAAAUUUUGCAUUUCACAGAAAAAAAAAUAAGAACUUGAGAACUUCCAGUGUUAAGAAUUUUCCUUAUUUAGUUCAGAUGUGUUUUGAGGAGUCUGCCAUAACUGUACCUUGAAUAAGUUGCCAAGGUAGUAUCCUGGGAGUCCAGCUAGCAUAACUUUAAGGUUGUGCUUUACUACCUUUGUAACUGUGAUCACUUGCAACAAAUCUGUAUGUAUGUGUAUCGGGGCAGUUCCAACAAUAGACCAAAUAACCAAGAUACAAAAAUAAUACCCAGAGGUCUGCCUGAUCACAUAGAAUGGAAUUUAUAUUACCCUCUUGCAACAUACUGCAUUCAGUGAAGCAAUACUGUAUGUAGAGGUUCAGCCACGCCUAAACCAGAAAGUCCUUUUGUCCCGAUCCCAUGGUUUUGGUAUGCAAGAAAAAUGUUUAAGUAGGCAGUAAAUGUUGACAGAAUUGCGUUCUUCAUAACUACACUGUUAAUGCAUCUUUGAGUGAUUUAUUUAUUUAUUUAUUUGUUGUAGAAAGAAUUCUGAGAGGGAGUGAGCCAGACCUGUGUAGAUGAAGGAGCCAAGCAUCCCAUGGACAGAUGACUCUGGGGAGCUGCAGUCAACAAAAGUGCUCUCUCUUCUGUGGUCAGCAUGCAGGAAGCCAGAGAUCACAAAUAGAUUCCCCAGCUGGUACAAGUGCCGAUGAUGUCGGUUGACCUACAUAAGCAGAGACCAAUUCAGCAGCCCCUGAAGCUUGUGGAAGUUCAGACAGGCUGCUGAAUGCGAGACACUGACUGUUCGAAGCUGAGGUGAGUCUGAUUCCAAGAUGUCUGAUUCCAACUGAUGAUUUAGCUGGAUAUUACAGCCAAUAUCUGUGCUCUUUCAGAAGCUGUUGGAAUUGUGGGAAAAUCCUUUUGUGCUGUACUUAAUGUAGCUAGACCAAUAAAUGUUCACCUGCUA